AUGUUUGGCAGGAGGGUGCCCAAGCACAACUGCAUUGAUCCGCAGUACACGCUGCGCGGGAAGCGCAUUCCCGUGCUGAACGCGCGCAAGGGCACCAUCUGCUCGGCCGUGGAGAUGUACUCCAACUGCGGCGGCAGGCCGCCGGCCAUUCGCCCGCUGGUAGGCCCGACGGCGGUCAAGAGGAAUCCGCGGCCGAGCAGCGGCGGUUGCCGCCGCCGCCGCCGCAGCAAGGGUGGAUGCAAGGGCCUGCAAAAGAAAAAGAAGGAGUUGGAGAGAGAGCGCAAGCGGCUAGAGGAGGAGAGCGACCGGCUGGAGGAAGAGCGUCUGUGCCUGGAGGAGGAGCGGCAGUGUCUGGACGAGGAGCGGGAGCCGGCGCCGCGCGACGAACGCGACGAGCUGCAGGCAGAACGGAGCCGGAUCGAGCAGGAGCGGAAGACGGUGUCGCAGGAGUGGAGUCGGCUGCAGGAGCGCAUCUCGCAGCAGGACGUGGAGGAGCGGCGCAUCUCCAGCCAGAUGGAGGAGCUGCAGGCGCACCGUCAGGAGUCGCUGCGCCAAGACGAGCUGGAGCAGCGCCGCCUCGACGGCAUCGAGUCUCAGCUGGCCGAGGAAAGGAAAAAGAUGUUGAUGGGUGACCAGGACACCGCGGAAGACCCCGCAGCUUCCAGCGGGCAGAGGAGCGAAGGAGAGGAGGGUGAGCAGAGCGCCCCCGAGACGGACGGAGAGGAAGAUGGUGCGCGGAGCGGUGCUGAGACGGAGGGAGAUGAAGAAGGUGAACAUGGCGAAGCUGGGGUAGAUGGGGAGGAAGAGGAGGACGCUGAGGCAGAUGGCGAUGGCGAAGGUGUCGAGAGCGACGCCGAGACGGACGAAGGCGUGGAAGGUGGGGAGGGCGGCGAAGAGGAAACAGAAGGAGACGGCGAAGGUGAUCAAGGUAGCCAAGAGGAGACAGAAGUAGAAGGGGAAGGUGGUCGGAGCGACCAGGAGACGGAAGGGGAGGGUGAAAGUGCUCAGAAUGCCCCUGACAUGGAUGAGGAGGGAGGAUCACCCGCACAAACCGAUGGAGAGGAACAGCCUCCUGCUACGAGUGACGGAGAAGACCAGCCGUUAGGUGGCAGCGGCGGGGAAGAAGACACCAUCGCGCAGAGUGACAGCGAUUACAAACCCUCCGACCAGACGGACGAGGACGCCAAGUCCCUCAGCCGAAUAGACGAAGAGGGCGAAUCGGCGGCCAGGCUAGCCGAAGAGCAGCAGUCCGCGCCGGCGGAGGACGAGGACACGUCUCUGGCGCAGACCGACGCCGACGAGGACCAAUCGCCGCCGCAGACCGACGCCAACGAGGACCAAUCGCUGGCGCAGACCGACGCCGACGAGGACCAAACGCUGCCGCAGACCGACGCCGACGGCGGGUCCAUCGACCAGACGGACGACGGCGAGCAGCCCUCGGGCUCGCUGGCCGGUACCGGCAGCCAGACGGGGUCGCGGCCGUCGCUGGCCGGCGCCGAGGCCGAAGCGGACGCGGACCUCGGCUUCGGCACGACGGCGGACGCGCAGCCGGCCGACGACGGCGGCAAUGGCGCGGCGAGUCCAGGAGAGGCGACGUCCGGCGCGGACCUGGCCGCCGCGGACGGCGGCGAAGCAGCUGGGGAGACGGAGGCCGACGCCACCGACCGGACGUCGCUGAGCUCGGGGGAGGUGACGGGGCAGACGGAGGAGGAGAUGGGAGGGGAGACAACGGAGGAGACUACGGACGAAGUGGGAGGAGAGACGGCGAACGAGAUGGCUGGAGAGACGGCGGUGGAGGCGGGAGAUGAUACGGCAGGGGAGACCGCGGAGGAGACGGCAGAGGAGACGGCGGAGGAGACGGCUGAAGGGACAGCGGAGGAGACAACAGAGGAGACCGUUGGUGAUACUACGGGGUCAAUGGACGGGCAAAUGGGACUCGACGGGCCGCCAGCGGCGGAGCAGGAGCCAAGCGGGGUGACCGAGGAUGGCUCCGAAGAGAUGGCAGCAUCGGAGGCAGGGGGAGAAACCAACGAAGAAGUCCAAGAGACUGCUGAAGAGACUGGAGCCUCCGAGACCGAGGGCGAGGGUGGUGGCGCAGCCCAGGAGACUGCCGAGGAGACCGGUGCUUCGACGACAGAAGGGGAAGCCGACAGCACGGCCCAGAUGACCGAGGAGACCGGUGUCUCGGAGACGGAAGGAGCCGACAGCACGGCCCAGAUGACCGAGGAGACCGGUGUCUCGGAGACGGAAGGAGCCGACAGCACGGCCCAGAUGACCGAGGAGACCGGUGUCUCGGAGACGGAAGGAGCCGACAGCACGGCCCAGGAGACGGCCGAGGAGACCGGUGUCUCGGAGACCGAAGGAGAGGCCGACGGUACAGCCCAGGAGACGGGCGCAUCGGAGGCGGACGCAUCGGCGGAGGGAGACGCGCCGCCAGCGGCAGCGGCCUCCCAGACGGGAGGAGACGCCACUACGGAGAGUCAGGCGGCCACUGAACCCGGAACCACCAGCGCGGAGGACGAGGAGGCGACGCCAGAGCCCAACGCAAACGAAGAGGACUUCUUCUGA